UCACAAAUGUUUGCUAGACUAAGCUGGUGCCACGUAAUUUUUGUUCUUCAAAGUAGUGUCAAAUAAGCAUUUGCCAAUUAAUUUUUCCAUGCAUACGGAUCGUCAGAUUAGUGUAACGUAACUACGGGCGAUUCAUAAUUAUGGGAUCUUCCCAGAGUGUAGAAAUACCAGGAGGAGGAACCGAGGGAUACCAUGUCCUACGUGUUCAACAAGGUUCCCCAGGAGAAAAAGCGGGUCUUGAAGCUUUCUUUGAUUUUAUCGUCGCCAUUGGAAACACUAGACUGGACCAAGACAAUGACACAUUAAAAGAGCUCCUUAGAGCUGGUGUUGACAGGGAGCUUCAAAUAACAAUUUAUAGUAGCAAGACGCAGUCAGUUCGACAAUCUGUCAUUGUUCCUAGCAUGACUUGGGGCGGUCAAGGCUUACUUGGCGUUAGUAUACGAUUUUGUUCUUUUGAAGGAGCCAAUGAAAAUGUUUGGCAUAUUCUUGAAGUGCACCCAUCAUCACCAGCUGAGUUAGCAGGACUUAAGUCAUUUACCGAUUAUAUCAUUGGCGCUGACUCUGUACUCCAUGAAAGUGAAGAUUUAUUCACUUUAAUUGAAGCCCACGAGUCUCGGCCGCUGAAACUUUAUGUUUAUAAUACAAAUGAUGAUUCGUGCAGAGAGGUCACUAUCACUCCCAACAAUACGUGGGGUGGAGAAGGAAGUUUGGGAUGUGGAAUUGGAUAUGGGUACCUUCAUCGAAUACCGAUUAGAAGUAUCCCUACACCAGCAACUACAGUUAGCACUCAUGCAUACAUGAGUAAUACCAAGACACCUGUAACAACAGUGGCAUCAACAAGUGUUCAUAUCAAUGAAAAUACCCCAGUUACUAAUAUACCACCUGGAUUUGCCAUUCCACCCAGCUAUGUUACGGAUAGUGUGACUGCUCUGACUAGUACAGCACCCACAGAAUCCUCCACAACAGUGUCAAGUUCUACAAUUCCAUCAGCAUUGCCACAGGUUGGAAAUCUUCCUCGAGUAGAUCAUGUUUUACCUGGAUCCACUACUACAGCUCAUCUUUUCCCUGGACAACAAGAAGUAAAUUUGACAAACAAUACUGUACAUCAAGUUAGUGAGUAUCAUGGCACUCCAAAUAUUCCUGGUAUGCCAGUAAGUCCACCACCCCCACCUACAAGCAUCGUGACUGUUGGUCCACAAUCUGGUAUCCCUAACUUUCCUCCUUCGUUACCAAAUUGCAAUAUGCCCCUCGGCACCACAAGUGGUCCUAUUCCAUUCAAUGUAAGUCAACCUUACGUUGUGACAACACCUAUAUCUUUACCCGGGAUGCCAUCAAUUACAGUCAGUGCUACACUUCCGCAAAACCAUCCAUACUAUUCUACUGUCCAUAAUCCUAAUCAGUCACCUGUUGCAACACCAGGUUUGCCACCCACAACGGCCUCUGCACAAUAACGAGAUGAUGGAAUGAUAGUUUACUACUUGGCAUACGCUAGGAAAAAUAAAAAAUAUGGGGGCUCAAACAUAAAAAACAGUUUGUCAACAGUUGUCAUUGUGCAUUUAGCAACUGAGCUAACUCGAUAAGGCAUUCAAAUACUUGACGAAUGAAUCUAACAUAUUUUUUAUGAACAUUAUCCUCGAGUUUCAAUACAUCAUGUAUCUAUACUGCUAAUAGAUAAAGUAUAUUAAUUUAUAUAUUGUAAUUAUGUUGUUUCAAAUACCUAUGAUGAGUUUUAUCAGCUAUUGAAAUACAUUCAUAUGCCUUUUAAAUGGUAUAUAAGUUGUAAACUUCUUGUUUGAUAAUUUCAUCUUCUAAGAUGAAGUCCCACAUACUUUCAUUACUUUUACAGAAUUAUUGACACUUUUCGACAUUUUGUAUCUGUGGUAUAACUGCAAGCAAAACAAAAGUAUAAAAUUGUAACGAAUUUUUCACCAAAUUUCAUAUGAAUUUCAAACAACUGACCUGUACGUCUUAUCUGGUCUUAUUCCCACAAAAAUUGUCUCUUCAAUUAUCAUUGAAAUGAGGGUGUAUUAUAUUUCUAGUAGUAUGCAUAAUACUAUGGUAUCUACAUUAAAUGAUAUUGAAAAAU